GGUGGCAGUGACGGCGGGGAACCCGGCGCCAUCCCCGCGCUCCAGCGCAGGAAGAGGCGCGCGGGACACACCCCCAGGUUCCCCAGACCCUUUGGGCGCAGGCCUGCCCCCCGGCGCCCGCCGCUGCGCGCGCCGACCCCGCCCCCCGCCGGCGCCCCCGCCCCUCGGCCGCCUCCUCCGCCUCCGCCUCCGCCUCCUCGCAGGCCCGCGACGUGCCCGGCCAGCCACCGAGCGGCGGGGACGGCGGCCGGCGCACUCACUUCCGCGUCCCGCCGCCCUCCGGCCCGCGCGCGCCCAGCCACCACCGCCAUCGGACAAUAGGCCGCCCGCCCGGCUGCCAUGAACUUCCUGCCGGGGCCCGGCCGGCCCGGGAGCCCCAGACCCUGAUCCCUCUCCGCGCCGGCCAGGAUCGCAGCUCCCCGCCACGAGGAGAAGCAGCGGAGGACCGAGCUCCCGGGACGUGCCCGCGCCUCCCGCCGCCGCGUCUUUGCUCCGGCCCGGCGGGUCCGCGGCCUCAGCACUCUUCGCUCUGAGCGACUUCACCCCGUCCAGCGCCUGCUGCCUUGUUGUGGGUUUCCGAGUUUGGUUGCUUAAGGAGGAUGUGAUUUUUUUUUUUCUCCUUGUUUCUUUUUCCUUUUAUGAUUUGAAACAGAGAAGAGAACUCACAGCCAGCUCGGACAGCGAAGUGCCACCAGCUGGCCCCACGUGGACACCGCCGAAGGGAAAGGAAAUUGGAAACAAACUUGGUACAAGUGACUGAGGCCUUAACGUCCACUGGACUCUAAGGCCUGGGGUCAUGACUCUCAGGCUGGGCAGGUGGAAGGCUUUACCUGUCCUGGGCUGGACUUGAGUCUCUGCCCUUGGCCAGCACCCCCACUGCCCCACCUCCACUCACUCAAUACCCAGCAUCUAGGCUAGGCCCUGGACACUCGUCAGCAGCAUGGAUAAGUAUGAUGACCUGGGCCUGGAGGCCAGUAAAUUCAUUGAGGACCUGAACAUGUAUGAGGCCUCCAAGGAUGGACUCUUCCGAGUGGACAAGGGUGCAAGCAACAACCCCGAGUUUGAGGAAACACGCAGGGUGUUUGCCACCAAGAUGGCCAAAAUCCACCUCCAGCAGCAGCAACAGCUUCUACAGGAGGAGACUCUGCCCAGGGGGAGCCGAGGUCCCAUUAACGGUGGGGGCCGCCUGGGCCCACAGGCCCACCGGGAAGCUGGUGGGGGCAGCAAGCUGACUGGGGACGGUGCUGCCAAGCCUCCUCUCGCUGCCUCGACAGUGGCCCCUGGGACAGCCACGACCAUCGCGGCUGGGCAGCCCUUGUACCCACCCCAGGAGCAGAGGCCCAAGCCAUAUGUACGUAGCGCGAGGCAGGGCAGCCAGGACUGUGGAUCCAAGGAGAGCAUGGCGAGUUCUGAGAUGUCUGCUUUCCAUCGGCCAGGCCCCUGUGAGGAUCCUUCCUGCCUCACCCACGGAGACUAUUAUGACAACCUCUCCUUGGCAAGCUCCAAGUGGGGCGACGAACCAGGAGUGUCCCCCAACAUCAGGCUGGGUGUAGGAAGUGGGUGGUCUGGCACCCCAGGAAGUGACCCACCACUGUCCGCAUCCUCCAGGGACCAUCACCUAUACCAGCAGCAGCUUUCCCUGAGCUCCAGCAGGUCAUUAAAGAGUGGCCAGGAUAGUGGUGUUGGUGGCCACAGCAGUGAGAAGCCAGCAGCUCUUUGGACCACGGCCUCCUCCCAGCGAGUGAGCCCUGGAAUCCCUUCCCCAGGCCCAGAGAACGGAGCCCUGCCGAGGCCUGCUCAACCCAGGACCCCUUCUUUCUCAGCGCCCCUGGCCCUGAACCGCCCCAGUCAAGGAGCUCUUCCAAGAACAAACUCGGGAGUGGGGAGUGAGGUUUCAGGCAUAAUGCCCAAACCCACUGUGGAUCCUCAACCCUGGUUCCAGGAUGGGCCCAGAUCUUACCUUUCUAGCUCUGUUCCUUCAUCCUCGCCAGCCAGCAUGGACAAUAUGCAGCUGGGUGCAGUCCCUGGACUGGUUCCCAAGCCUGGCUGUACAGACCCUGGCAUUGGUCCCAAGCUCAGCCCCACCAGCCUUGUGCAUCCAGUGAUGUCGACCCUGCCUGAGUUAUCUUGUAAAGAAGGUCCCUCUGGCUGGUCCUCAGAUGGCAGUCUGGGGCCUGUGCUCCCGGAGAGCCCCAGCUCCCCCAGGGUGAGACUGCCCUGCCAGACCCUCAUCCCGGGCCCUGAGCUUGGACCCACGGCUGCCGAAUUGAAAUUAGAAGCCCUCACCCAACGUCUGGAGCGUGAGAUGGAUGCUCACCCGAAGGCCGAUUACUUUGGAGCCUGUGUGAAAUGCAGCAAGGGGGUGUUUGGGGCUGGCCAGGCCUGCCAGGCCAUGGGGAACCUCUACCACGAUGCGUGCUUCACCUGUGCAGCCUGCAGCCGGAAGCUGAGAGGAAAAGCCUUUUAUUUUGUCAAUGGCAAAGUGUUUUGUGAAGAAGACUUCCUGUACUCUGGUUUUCAGCAGUCUGCUGACAGGUGUUUUCUUUGUGGACAUUUGAUCAUGGACAUGGCUCUGUUCUGGUUUCACGAUGGCCUCUUACAGUUCCAGGUAUCAGUCACAUCCAGAUCAAAUGACGCCAAGAGGAAGGAGAUCCUGCAGGCCCUGGGGAAGUCCUACCACCCUGGCUGCUUCCGCUGUGUCAUCUGUAAUGAGUGUUUGGACGGGGUGCCCUUCACUGUGGAUUCAGAGAACAAAAUCUACUGUGUCCGGGAUUACCACAAGGUGUUGGCGCCCAAGUGUGCAGCCUGUGGCCUUCCCAUCCUUCCACCUGAGGGCUCAGAUGAGACCAUCCGAGUCGUGUCCAUGGACAGAGACUACCACGUGGAGUGUUACCACUGCGAGGACUGCGGUCUGGAGCUCAAUGAUGAAGAUGGUCACCGCUGCUACCCCUUGGAGGACCACCUGUUCUGUCACUCCUGCCACGUCAAGAGACUGGAGAAGGGCCCCUCAUCCGCAGCCCUUCACCAGCACCACUUCUAGCCAGAGCCUCCUGCAGACCUCACGGUGGGACGAGGAGCCAGGGUUGCACCAUGAGAAGUCCGCGGAUUAAUUCUUAUCGUCCAUGGGGAGGAACUGGGGUCGGGGGAGUGGAAGGGAGGCAGGUGAUUUCCUCAGUGUGUGCAUGGGGUGCCUUUCCUUUAAACAGGGAGGGGAUCCCUGCUGGUUUUGGACUGCAUAUUUUCCAAGUGCCUUUCUCUGCUGCCAUGCCCUCAUCAGAUUACUCAGGAAGAUGCCCCAGCAAGUGCGUGGCAUGUGACAGGAGAUCUCAUUAGUGCGACUGAAUGAACCCUCCUGUCCCCUCCUGGAAGAGUUCACACUUCAGCGGGAAAGGUUUGCACUGAGCGUAUCCUCUGAAGAGAGAUUUUAGCUGCCAAUAUCAAUCCUUUCCCUCCCCUUCGGAAAAUACCUGCACCCAAACUCCCUCCCAACCCCCCCCCCCCACACACACACCCAUAAUUUAAGAAUUCCUUCCACUCCAGAGUUUCAGUUCUUCUGUAGAAUGGCUGCAAAUUUUAAUUGCAUCAUUGCAAGAGGGACGCUCUAAUGUGUGCUUUGUAUCUUAGGAAGAAUUCACUUGGUAAAGCAGAGCCAAGAUUUGAAAUAAGUGAGAUGGGCUUUCCUCCUUGUAGCCUGAUAGCAUUCUGUGUGCCCUGCAAAUCUUCACUCCUUUAAAGGCAUCCGGGGGCCUGAUGGAGGUUGAUCCUGUUCUAGUAAAGUGUACUUUGGGAUAAGAACUUGGUGCAGGCGCCAGGCCUCUUUUGCCCGCCUGUUUGUGCUUUUUUCCUGUGGAGCUGUCGAGAGUCUGGGACUUCUGAGCUGCUCCUGCAAAGGCAGGUCUUGGUUUCUUUUGUGGGGAUCCUCUUGUGCCUAUUUUUGCUUAUUUAACAAUGGACUUUGGGGACGUGUGCCCACAUACUGAGACCUAGCCCCUUAUGAAUGAGGAGAGUUUUUGUGUGUGAGAUCUCAAAGCCAGCCUGGGAGAGAGUGCCUGAGCAUAAGUUAUUAUAUUCAUUUCACAGGUCUCUCUCUUGCCAAAUUCUUGGCACAGGCAUUAUGUUUAAAGAAACCAGUAUAAGGUACACUGCUUUUGUCUGUUUUUUUUUCUUCUCCUUUUUCUUUUCUUUUUUAAAUUGUUUCCCGCUACUUUCAGUCUCCCACACACAAAAAAUACCUCACAGAUAAGAGCUUCAGAUUAAGGAGGAAUUUGGCUGUCACACGGCACUCAGCGAGUGUGUGUUAGGAGUGUCUGGCUUCACCCAGGUCAGACCAAUGGGUCAGAGCACUGUGAUCUUAAUGGAAGAUCAUCUGGGAAGAGAUCUGAUUGAUACUGGGUGCUCUUGCCUUAUGCAUUUCAUCAUGAUAGCUCCCUGGGGUGACAAGGGCUAAAGGAGGGCCACACUCUUGCAGGAUUUCAAGUUCACCUCUGCACUGAAGAGGCAAAAUGUGCUCUGUGUGUCACACUCCUGAGGCCAGAGGUCAAUACCCCUUGGUAUUUCAAUGAGAAGACAGUGUGAAAAAAAGGUUGACUGGCAUUUGGCUUCUCAGCCCACGGGGAGGGGCCCUGGGCCUUGUCGCAGGAGGGCGGGGGCCAUCUCACCACUGCCAGCCAGGCUGGGAGCACGGCGGUUGGCAUCUGUUCUCUGCCUCCCCACCUCACACCCAGAGUGAGGGGAUUGGGUGGCUGGGGCCUCACAGGGCGUCAGUGGAACCCAAAGGCACAAAGGACUCACAUACUUCACUGGGCCCAGCUCUAAGCCAUAUUUUGACUCAUUUGGUAGCAGUUGCCUGUAAGAAGCACAGAAAUGGCACCAUGCAUUGUCUUUUCCAUUUUUGUUAAAUUCAUUCUUUUGGAAUCCUGUGGUCAGAUGUCACUUCAGCCCAGGCUGUGUGAUUCCAUUGGUUCCUUUUCACAGGCUGAGCCUCCUGAAAACCCAUGAAUGUAGGGGGCUGGGGAAGUGAACCCAAGGGUCGCCCCUCCCUUUCUAGCACAUCAUCCAGCUCAGCCUUGGCAAGGCUGUUGGGCAGUGGAGCCAGCCAGUAUGUCUUAACCUGUCUCUGCCAACCUAGGAUUAUUUCUGGCCUUGACAACACACCUUUGCUCUGCUUUCAAGUCAAGCAGAGCAAAGAAAAUCGAAGUAGCAGGAAUUUGUUCGCAAAUUGGGUAACAGUUGACCCUUGAACAACAUGGGUUUGAACUGCAUGGGUCCAUUUAUGUGUGGAUAUUUUUCAGUAGUAAAUACUGCAGUCAGUACUAUGCAAUCUGUGGUUGGUUGAACCCAUGACGCAGGGGGACCAUGGUUACCUACGGCCGACUAUAAGUUAUGUGAGGAUUAACCCCCGAGUUGUUCAAUGGACAACUGUAGUUUAAAAAUGUUAUUCAUUUUUUCAAUGAAGUUUUUAAAGUGGCCUUGAUUGAGGCAACCUUGAUAUCUCAGCAAAUAUUUUAUACCAUUGAAGAACAACAAUAAGAGAAUUUCUAGACACCCUAGAAAUCAGAGCAGUAACUUCUCUUAUUAUCAGGGUCCCUGGAGGGGGUACUGGGUAGAAAUCUCCUACAAGUUUUGUCUCCUCCUCAGGCCCUUGCACAAAAGCCAUGAAUAGAUGCCCACUUAUUUUAAACUUUCUGUAAAUUAUUAGCCAAAUAGAGCUGUAAUGGGGUUAUAUUUAUAGGCACGUAGAAAGAACACACAGGCACUUCGUAGAACAGGAUGAAUAAGUUUGUUUUAAAAGGUAGAGCAGAUAGCCCUAUCCUACGUUCCCUAGAUGACUCUUGGACUUUAGAUAAGCAAGAAUUAUGGCCUGAUUCCCGACCCCAAAGCCAGCCUCCAGCCUUCUCCCUUGCCUCACUUUGCCCUCUAGUUUUUUUCUUGUCAUUUUUUCGCCCCAGCUAGGGUCAUUCAAAAACAGCCUGGGGGAUCUGACAAAAGCCAGGAAUGCAGUUUGGCCUGUCAUAGCAGCAUCCUCUUUCUCUCAUGUUAUCCUCCCAUCUGUGGUUGAAUAGAGAGUGAUUUGUUCAUUUUUCACACAGAAGGGCAUUGAGUCUUGUUGGGUCAUUGCCUGCACGUGGCGGCAGGACUUUCCGUUUCUCCGUGGUUAGUGCUUGAGUGAAAGCUCUUUUACCUGAGUCCGCUGAGGCUGUGCCACGGAGUCCUGGGUGGCUGGUGGGAUAAUCAAGGAGUUCUUAUUGCUUUCAAGUGCUGCCAUCACCGUGUUUCCGUGGGUUACCCAAGAUGAAAACAGACGUGUUAGAAUUUGAGAGAAUGAUCUGGAAUUCACACUCCUUUGCAGUCUGUUUUUAUGUGCCGUUUCCCACGUGUGUGAAAGUAUGAGCGCUGUGAUGGCUGCCGGUGCCCUUGCAAAGAAUGUGUGCAAGACUUGACCUCAAACCAUUGUUGCUUGAUGCACUUGUCAAAACUGUCAGCCAGGAAGCCAAGUGCUUUGUAUUCUUCUUUGUGCCAGGAAUGAGUCCUAACUUCCAGGUUACUAUGUGAAGUAACUUUUAAAAGCAAUAGGAAAAAGAUGAGGAAGAUGAGUUAGCUAUCAAUUGUUCUGAGCCAGAACUGGACAGAUGUGGGAAAUUUCCAUAUAGUGUGUGAAAAUUUCACUCUGCGGUGAAAUUAUUUUCCCCUGUGUCGCUUCUUUUACUUUGUUUCAAAAUAUUGUUACUAUAAAAUUAUUCAAAAGUUUACUGUUACUAUAAAAUUAUUCAGAAUAUUGUUACUAUAAAAUUAUUCAAAAUAUUGUUACUAUAAAAUUAUUCAAAAUUUUACUGUUACUAUAAAAUUACUCAAAAUAUCAUGACAAUAAAACUGCCUUAAUUUGUAGACUAUUAAAGUGAUC